AUGAGUCGACACGUUCUAAUAAUCGGCGGCCACGGGAGGAUUGCUCAGAUCCUUACGCAGCAACUGCUAAGGAAGUCGUGGACCGUCACUAGCCUUAUUCGAAGUCAGGACCAAGUCUCCCAGAUCAACAGCCUGGCCGCUGCCAACAAGGGAAAUUUGAACGUGCUGGUCCGUAAUUUGGAACAUGUCUACGAUAUUUCCCAAGCAAGAUCGAUCCUCAAUGAAGUCAAACCAGAUACCGUUGUUUGGUGCGCUGGAGCAGGGGGAGAGGCAAGACCUGACCGAACUUUUGCUAUCGAUCGAGAUGCUGCCAUUAAGUUCAUUAAAGCUACAGUCCAAACGCCGACCAUUAAACAAUUACUUCUCGUCUCGUACAUUAAUUCUCGUCGAGAGCGACCCAGCUGGUGGGAUGACGACGCCUGGGGAUACGCGCAAGAGAUGCAGCGUGGCGGUCUCUUGAGCUAUUAUCAAGCCAAACUAGCAGCAGAUGAGAUACUUCUUGAGGAGGCAUCCAGCCGAGCCGACUUCUCGGGGAUAAGUCUUCGGCUGGGCAUACUGUCGGACGAACCUGCAGGACCGAUUGAGCUUGGGAAAACUACAACGUCGAGGGGCAAUGUUAGCCGGGCAUCUGUAGCUGAAGUUAUUGUGUUGCUGCUUGAGCAUGAGGCGGUGCAGACAUCCUGGCUGGAUAUGCUUGAUGGCGCUGAGGAUAUUAAAACUGCCGUUGAGCGAGUAGUUAAUGACCGAGAGAAUGCGGCUGAGGAAGAAGGAAAAUGA